CUCCUCACUUUUAACCCUCACUCUCCUCCUUCCUCUGCAUCUCCAUUUCCACAACAGAAACCUUCUCUCACUCUUUCUCUCUCCUCAAAACGACAAUGCAACAGCUCAAGCUUCUCCUCCUUCUCUUCUUCACCACCUUCACUAUCACCCAUGCCCACAACAUCACGCGCAUACUGGCCGAUCACCCCGACUUCUCCACUUUCAACCACUACCUCACCGCCACCCAUCUCGCCGGCGAGAUCAACCGCCGCACCACCAUUACGGUCUGCGCCCUGAACAACGCCGCCAUGUCGGACAUCCUCGCUAGCCACCCCUCCAUCUACACUAUCAAGAACAUCCUUUCCCUCCACGUCCUCCUCGACUACUUUGGCGCCAAGAAGCUCCACCAGAUCACCAACGGCACCGCAUUGGCGGCCACCAUGUUCCAGGCCACUGGUUCUGCCCCCGGCUCGUCUGGGUUCGUCAACAUAACCGAUUUGAAAGGCGGGAAAGUUGGUUUCGGCCCCGAGGAUAAUGGUGGGAACAUUGAUGCCUUGUUCGUUAAGAGUAUCGAAGAGAAGCCUUACAACAUUUCUGUCAUUCAGAUCAGUAAGGCCCUCAAGUCUGACGUGGCGAUGGCCCCCACUCCCGGGCCCAGUGAGCUCAAUCUGACGGGGAUCAUGUCCGCCCAUGGAUGCAAAGCGUUUGCCGAUGCUUUGAUUGCUAAUGGCGACGCCUUGGACACUUAUCAGAGUAAUGCAGAAGGAGGGUUGACAGUGUUUUGUCCAUUGGAUGAUGCAUUCAAGGCCUUCUUGCCCAAGUAUAAGAAUUUGAGCAAAGCAGACAAGACUUCAUUUUUGGAAUUUUUAGCUGUGCCAGUUUACCAAUCUUUGUCCAUGUUGAAAUCCAACAAUGGGUUGAUGAACACAUUGGCUACUGACGGGGCAAAGAAGUUUGAUUUCACCGUGCAAAACGAAGGGGAAGAAGUGACGUUGAAGACCAAGAUCAAUACCGUCAAGAUUACUGGGACUUUGAUCGAUGAGCAGCCUCUGGCAAUUUACACAACUGAUAAGGUUUUGAUGCCGAAUGAGUUGUUUAAGGGUGCUGCUGCACCAACUCCUUCUCCUGCUCCAGCACCAGAGAAGGCAGCCGAUGCCCCCAAGGGCUCAAAGCAUGCACCCUCCACUGCAGCUGCCGAUUCACCGGCUGAUUCCCCAGACGGUGAUCCGGCAGAUCAGACAGCUGACGAAGAUGCCGGUGUGAAAGCUGGAGCUGCAAGAUUUCUUGCUCUGGGUUUGAGCUUGUGUUUAGGACUUUUGCUGCUGUAAGAUCACUGUUUUGGUAGUUCUUUCCUUCUUUUUGGAUUGUUUUUUUUUUUUUAGUUUUGGAGGAAAUAAGUUUAUAUUUAUUACUAGUAUGGAUGUGUUUUGUUUUUAUUUUUAUUUUUUGAUAUUGUUUUUAGUGUGAUGAUUGUUCACUUUUGAGGUUUUUUUUUUGGCUCAGAGGAGAUUGUGAUUUGUUUGUGGGUGUGAUCUGUUUGUGAUAAAAAGGAUGUAAAUCUAUUUAUACACAUUGUAAUGGUCACUUUUCAUCAAUUAAUUCGGAAGAUCUCACCAUAUUACAAUAUGAUUUCUGUA